UGGUGUAUUGUUUGCACUGGGAGAGGGCCCAGGUUGUGGUCUCUGCAACAUAGUGGACUGAAACACCCCAGUGCUUCAACUAUUGCCGUGGUCACAUAUGGCACAAAGCCACUCUGAAGUAGAGAAAUUUCCAGAGUUGGAGCUGACUCAUCUACAUUCUGUCCUGCUAAUAAAAAGAUGAUAGAACUGACAUGCAUCAUGGCAAGAUUGGCAUGCCCUGCUAGCCUUGCAUAGGAUACUAUUUUGGUAAUAAGCUAAAGCUAUCUUCUGUGUUGUUGCUGAUAGGUGUAUUUUUAGAAGUGGGGUGCCGGUUUAUUAAACAUUGCGACUGAAAUGAUGUAGAGCCUCCAGUUACUUUAAAGGUGGUUCUUGCCUCUUAGCCUUCUCUGAUUUAUUCAAGAGCCAUUUUGAACCAUAUUUCUAGAAAAUAUUAACAUUAAUCAUAGUGCUUAUGUGAAAUGAAUGAAGUGUUAGAUGAAGGCCAAAUGGUCUGAGUUUUUUGAGGUUCAUAAAAAAAUGUGAUGGUACUAUGGUUUGAGUUGCUGUGAGUUUUCUGGGCUGUAUGACCACAUUUCAGAAGCAUUCUCUCCUGAUGUUUCGCCCACAUUUAUGGCAGGCAUACUCAGAGGUUGUGAGGUAUGUUGGAAACUAGGCAAGUGGGCUUUAUAUAUCUGUGGAAAGUCCAGGGUGGCAAUCUCAAGGAAUAGAAGAAGACAGAGGGGAAGCAGAACUGAAACAAGAAUAUAUGGACUGGAUUAAAUUACAGGACUAUCAAAGUAAGAAGGAAGUCAACAAACUUUUUUUAAAUACCUUUUUUUUUCUUCUAGAAUUCAUUAUUGUUAGAUAGAAUUUCCCUUUGAAAUAUAUACUUCUAUAUUUUUUCCCUUUUUUCUCCCUUUUCCCCCUUUUUUCUUUCUCUUAGCCUUUCUUUUCCCUUAUAUUCCUACUUUUUAUACAACCAAAAUGUUCUCACUCUUUUGUUGUAAUCAUAUUUUAUUUUAUAAGACUAAAAGCUCAAUACAUAUAUUGGAAAACAAAAGUCCAGGGUGGGAGAAAGAACAACUUGUCUGUUUGAGGCAGGUAUGAAUGGUGCAAUUGGCCACCUUUAUUAGCAUUAAUUGGCCUUUCGGCAUCAAAGUCUGGCUGCUUCCAGAAAUUUCACCAAGAAGGAGGAAACUAUGAAAAUGGACAAAAUCUGGCUAUUAGUAUUUAAAAAACCCCUCUAAAAUCAGGACAGUAAAUAAAGAACAACACUGGGUUAUAUAGCUGUGUGGAAGGGUCCUCAGAAAACAGGAAUUCCAGACAAGAAACAAUCAGGGCCAGCUAACACUUCCCCCCAAAAAAAGAUUCCCCCAGGCAGGAAGCUGCUAGGCUUUGUAGCUACAGGGCCAUUUAAUGCUAAUUAAGAUGGCUAAUUGCACCAUUCACACUUGCCUCAAACAGACAAGUUGUUCUUUCUCCCACCCUGGACUUUUCACAGGUAUAUAAACCCCAUUGCCUAGUUUCCAACAGACCUCACAACCUCUGCCAUAGAUGUGGGCAAAAUGUCAGGAGAGAAUGUUUCUGGAACAUGGUCAUACAGCCCAGAAAACUCACAGCAACCCAGUGAUUCCGGUCAUGAAAGCCUUCGACAACACAUUGUACUAUGGUUUGUUGCAAAAUGUAACGUAACUGCAACUGUUAAUUUAUACACACUUCAAGAGCAUUGAUACCUUUCAGUUUUAUUCACAAGUAUGUGGAUGACAUAUGUCCUUGGAUGUCUUCCUAUCUUUCUUGCUACCUGGAUACUUUCUCAGGAACACAGUACUCCCCCAAGAAACAGUGCUAGUACUUUUAUGAUUGACUUGUUAAAAUGUGAUAUCUGUGCAUCAGAAAUGAAUCUCUUCCAAAACAGAAAGUAAAUGCAUGCUAUUGGGCUGAACUGUCAUGAACAAGUUGGAUCACGUCUGCUGUCUGUAGUGCUCUGAGAACAAGCACAGAGUUUGCCUUUUUUGACCCAAAUCCAAUGAAUUGCCUGCUGGCUUUCAGACAGUUCCUUUUUCUAGUGUUUUGGAAUGACAUUUUUUCUGGGUGAACGAGGGUUGAUUUCACUCAAACAUUUUAGCAUGCGCCUUUGCAGUGUUGCAAACUUGUUAUUCAAAUAGGUGUUCAUGUUGGCCUGCAUCUAUUGAUAGAAGUUAGGGAAAUGACCUUGCUCAGUAUGGAUUGACUGACCAUUUAAUCACUUUCUGAUCCAGUGUGCUUUAACUAAAAAUAGUGUGAAAUAAUGUAAAUUGAGGGAUUGGUGCAAUGAAAGGGCCGGUAUAUUACAAUUGGCUCCUUCUUUGAUUGCAAAAAGAAUGUGUUAGCUUUAAGGAUGUAUUCUUCCCCUGAAAGAUUCAUGAAAUGUGUAGGGUUAAUCUAGCAUGGGGAAGUGCACUUAGGAUGCUUUGAUGGGAAUUGCUUGCCUCUGAAAAGCAUUUCAACCAUCUUUCUAAACUUGUGUGAGUAGCCUCAAACUGUAGACGUUUGCUACACUUCCCCAUGGAUUUUGCAAUUCUUGCAGCCUUUAGGGAGAGAAAACAGUCCUACUGUGGUGGGGAGGGAGGAGGUACCUUUUGAUUUGUGGAUACUUGCUCCUUCAAGACCAUAUUAGGUUGGGAGCUAAAAUCAAUAUUUGAAAUGCCAUCAUUAAAUAGUCAGACAUUCGCCUUGCGCAGGAUCUAAGAGAAUAUUAUAAGAUUUAUGGGUUAAAAUUUUCAGCACUUCCAAACAGCCUGGAAAGCUCCUUGCUUGGGUUUCUUUUGUUAAGCUCCCAAUGGUUGAAAGAAUGGAAAUGAAUGGAUAGUUUUUUCAUCCAGCUUGUUGGAAACCAAUUUCCACUGGAAAAUAACAAGUUCAUACCCUGUUUCCCCGAAAAUAAGACAUCCCCUGAAAAUAAGACCUAGUAGAGGUUUUGCUAAAUUGCUAAAUAUAAGACCUCCCCCAAAAGUAAGACCUAGCAAAGUUUUAGUUUGGAAGCUAAGAACACCAGAGCAUUCAGGGUCGGUAAAUGUACGUACCAUAGAUUGUUGUACAUGGAAAUAAUGGUAGUAACAAUACAUUCUUGAUAGGAUUCACAGUUUGUCUGGUUAUGCUGGUUUGUGAUGACAGCUACUGUACAGUAUAUAAUAAAUGUUCAUUUUUUGUUCAACAAUAAAUGUGAAUUCUUCAUGGAAAAAUAAGACAUCCCCUGAAAAUAAGACCUAGUGCAUCUUUGGGAGCAAAAAUUAAUAUAAGACACUCUUAUUUUCAGGGAAACAUGGUAUUUCUGUGGGUUAAAUAGUAUGAUUAAUUUCUACAAAUUGACUUAAAGAUACCUUCAAAUGGAUUAUACUUUGCUCCCCCGCCCCAUGUGUAUUUAUUUGGAUUGCUUCUCCCUUUUUGGGCUGUGUUUAUUGUGCUGUGUUUUUAUGAUUGUAUAUGGCAUUGAAUAUUUGCUUUUGUAUUUGGAAGCCGCCCUGAGUCCCUUUGGGGAGUGAGGGUGGCUUAGAAAUAAUUUUGUAUCAUCAUCAUCAUCAUCAUCAUCAUUGCCUUGUUGCUCCUCUCAUUGGCCUUGGAUGGAGGUAGCCUAGGGAAUAUCUACACGGCACCAUUAUGGCAAAUUGAUGCUACUUUAACUGACAUAGCUUUAUUACAUGGAUUUUUGGGAUAUAUAGUUUGAUGAGGACUUAGAAUUCUCUCCAAAAGGGUUCUGUUGUUGUAGCCAUACUGUUGUGCUGGAGCAGUGGUUCUUAACUUUUGGUCCUCCAGAUGUUUUGAACUGCAACUCUCAAAAUCCUGACCAGUGGCCAAGCUGCCCAGGGCUACUGGGAGUUGAAGUUGACAUCUGGAGGCCAAAAGGUUGAGAAUCACUGCAUUAUAGCUGGUGUCUGCAUUUUUGAUAUUCAAGUGCUUACCCACGUGUAUUAGAUCAGUAGAGAAUGGCAACUUUGCAAAUGAGCAUGGAUGUGUUUGUCCUUGAAGAUUUGCCCUUAUGAACCUACUGGUGUUUUCAGAUUUGCAAGAGAGGCCCUCCUUUCUUUCUCCUCCUCCUCCUCCUCCAAGGUACACCUGAUGGGAAUAAUAGAGAGCCAUCUCAGUGGCUGACCCCAGACCCUGGAUCUCUCUCCCUGCUCACUUUCAGCUGAAGACUUUUUCAACUUCACCAGGUCUUUCAGGAAUGAUGAUUUAAGGAGAUGGCAGUGUUGUGCUCCACCUGUGCUGACACAAAGGUGAUUCUGCUGCUUUCCCUCUACCAUCUCUCUACCCCUGUUUGCACCAUAAUCUCAGAAGCUAAAUCCACAGUUACCAAGGUGCUACCAAGGAGAAAAGUGGUUAUCUAGGUGGUGCUAGAUUUCUAAAUACUAAAACAGGAAAGCAGGUGGGAAGGAAACCUCACUGGACAGUGUCAACGAAGGAAAAUGAAGAGAACAAACCCAGGAGCUUGAGCAGUUCUAUAACAGCAACAGAGUUCCCAAAGUAUUCUGGAGGCGUGGAUUUUGCCUCUUCUUGACAUAAUGAUGGCAGCCGUCAUGAGCUUGGGGAAGAUUGCUGAAAAUGGCACCGCAGCAACUCAGAACAUCAAAUCCCCAUCAAAACCUCUUGCUCCCAAUCGGAUUGGCAGGAGAAAUCAGGAAACAAAAGAUGACAAGUCUUCCUAUAUUUGUCCUCUGUGUGAAAAAGUUUGCACUACCCAACAUCAUCUGACUAUGCACAUUCGCCAGCAUAACACUGACACUGGUGGGACAGACCAUGCCUGCAGCAUCUGUGGAAAGUCUUUGAGCUCUGCCAGCUCCCUCGAUCGCCACAUGUUGGUGCAUUCUGGUGAAAGGCCUUAUAAAUGUUCAGUAUGUGAUCAAUCCUUUACCACCAAUGGAAACAUGCACAGACAUAUGAAAAUCCAUGAAAAAGAUCCAAACAGCACUACAAGUACACCAGUGCCUGCCUCCCCGUUGAAACGCAGGCGAUCGUCUGCCAAACGAAAACUCAGUCAAGAUCAUGAGGCGGAUAAAGAAGAGCGGACUCCUGCAAAAAAGCAGGUUGUGGAGGAAUCACAAAGUGGAGAAGCAGAGAAGAAAGCUGAGGAAGUUUAUCGUUGUCUGGUGUGUUUCAAGGAAUUUUCUUGCAAAUACGGGCUGGAGUCCCACAUGGAGGCACACCCAGAUACCUCCUUGAGGUGUGACGUCUGUUGUAUUACCUUCCGCACACAUCGGGGCUUGUUACGGCAUAAUGCAGUUAUUCAUAAACUACUUCCAAAAGACCCAACGGGAAAGCCUUUUAUUCAGAACAAUCCCUCAAUUCCAGCAGGCUUCCAUGAUCUGGGAUUCACAGACUUCUCCUGCAAGAAAUUCCCCCGCAUUUCUCAGGUCUGGUGUGAAACAAACUUGCGGAGGUGCACCAGUGAAUUUCAUCGGUAUGUCUGUGAAAUGUGCAACAAGGCAUUCCCCAUGCGCUCAGCACUCAAGCUGCACACAGAAACCCACGCAACUGAUCAGGGAAAAGAAGAGCACAAACUGCAAUCAGAGGAUGCAGACCUGAAGGCCUACAUGGAGUCCUUGGGACUGCGGCAUACCAAAGAUGUUGAAUCUGCCAAGCAGGAGGAGCUUGCGCCAGAUGAUGAGGUCCAAGAAACGCAGCUAAGAACACUGAAGUGUAAUCUACCUCAGGAACCUGGUAAUGCUAGCCAGCUGAAUGUGUCCCCUCUGGAGACUGCUGCUGUGGGUGGACCUUUCUCAGUCCUUUCCUCUACAAAAGAAAACAUAAAACUUCUCUCACUACAGCCUUUCCAGAAGGGCUUCAUAAUUCAGCCUGACAAUAGCAUUGUUGUCAAACCCAUUUCUGGAGAACUAGCAGACAUCCAGCAGAUCUUAAAGAUGGCUUCUUCAGCAACCCCACAGAUCAGUCUCCCCCAGCUUUCGAAGACUUCUCACAUACCUGUGCAGUCUAUAUUCAAGCAUAUGCCUCCACUGAAGCCAAAGCCCUUGGUAGCACCUCGGACUGUGGUGGCAACCUCAACGCCACCUCCACUGGUCAACACUCAACAAGCCUCACCUGGAUGCAUCAGUCCAAGCCUUCCUCCAGUGCCACCCAAGCUGGUCUUACCCUCAGAAGAGUCAACUUCAAACUCCCAUCUUCCACCCAGUAAAUCGGGAGCUAAACCCAGCCCUUCUGACCAGGAGAAGAUGGAGCCUGUGAACCAGCAUGAAAUUAGAAUACAGCUAGAGCAAGACAGCAUCAUUGAGGCUCUUCUGCCUUUGACCAUGGAGGCAAAGAUCAAACAAGAGGUGACAGAGCGAGACUUCAAAGCCAUAAUCACUGGGACAGCAAACAAGAAGACCCCAGCCAUGAGGAAAGUCUUGUAUCCAUGCCGCUUUUGUGACCAGGUGUUUCCUUUCUCUGGGGUCUUGAGGGCUCACGUACGUUCCCACCUGGGCAUCUCCCCUUAUCAGUGUAACAUUUGUGAUUACAUUGCAGCCGAUAAAGCAGCGCUGAUCCGGCAUUUGCGGACACACAGUGGAGAGAGACCAUACAUCUGUAAAAUCUGCCAAUAUCCUUUCACAGUGAAAGCAAACUGUGAAAGGCAUUUGCGCAAGAAGCACCUGAAGGCAACUAGGAAGGAGAUAGAGAAGAACAUUGAGUACGUUGCCAGCAAUGCAGCUGAGAUGGUAGAUGCCUUUUGCUCUCCAGAUACAGUGUGCAAGUUCUGUGGGGAAGACCUGAAGCAUUACCGUGCUCUCCGCAUCCAUAUGCGAGCACACAGUGGCUGCCAGAAGAAAAAGCCAUUUGAAUGCAAGGAGUGUGGCACGGCCUUCUCAGCCAAGCGGAACUGCAUCCAUCAUCUCCUCAAGCAGCAUUUGCACAUCCCAGAGAGGGAGGUAGAGAGCUAUGUCCUGGCUGUGGAGUGCCAGCCUCCAGAGACCCAACCGGGUUCUCUGCAGUUACUGGAAGGUAGCACUUACACCGACUGCAAACCCAUCACGCCUUUUAUGGAAUCACAGAAUGGUGUUUUAAGGGGCACCCCCUCUCAUGCAUCGAUCAAACUUGAAACUGCAAAUAGCUUCCCUAGAAAUUUCGAUGAGCCUUUAGAUUUCUCACAAAAGAACAAAAACCUGAACUCUGUGCUGAUAAAACAGGAGAAUCCAUUUGAUUCUUCUUUCUAUGAUUGUUCUAUGGAGCCCAUUGACUUGUCCAUCCCUAAAGCUUCAAAGAAGGAGAAUGAGAAUUCCUUAAAUGAGGAGAAGAAACAGGAACCUUUUGAUGGACAUGAAGAAAACCUUCAUAACUUUGAGCAGUCUGCUCCAGCUAACGGCAACCUAGAAAACCAAGCUCUCCGACGGUCUCAGCCACUGAAGGGUCCACUGCAUUUGACUGUCCCAAUCAUUUCUCCAACCCUCUUGGGGAAUUCAGCUUUGCUGCGACCCUUGAGGCCCAAGCCACCCCCUCUCUUGCCAAAGCCCCUCAUCACAAAAGAGCUGCCACCUCUUGCUUCCAUUGCCCAGAUCAUUUCCUCUGUGUCUUCUGCCCCCACUUUACUGAAAACAGACUCGAUUCCCACGGCACCUAUCGGCAACUCCACUGGGACCGAAAAGUCAGGGAACUCUAAACCAAACACGACAAUCAUGGCUGCUGUCCAGCCCGAUCCUGGCAUUCCCAAUGAUUUGCCAGAGCGUGCAUGCAGUCCAAAUGGAUCCCAGAAGUCUCCCACUCCUGGAUCUGUGAAGAAAAGAGGCAGAAAGAAAGGAACAAAAAACAAGCCCAAGGCAAGCAGUGGGGUGGACCUAGAGUCAAGUGGGGAGUUUGCCAGUAUAGAGAAGAUGCUGGCAACCACAGACACAAAUAAGUUCAGCACAUUUCUCCAGUCAACUGCGGACUUCAAGGAAGUAGCUGAUAGAAAUGGAACCAGUGAAGAGGAAAGAGAAAUUGCUGAAGAUAAACCCCUGAGAGGAAAGAGGAAUGCCUACUCAAACUGUGUUCAAAAAAUUAGGUGUCCUCAUUGUCCAAGCGUUUUUCCCUGGGCAAGCUCUUUACAGCGGCAUAUGCUUACUCACACAGGUCAGAAGCCCCACCCUUGUCAAAAAUGUGAUGCCUUCUUUUCCACCAAAUCUAACUGUGAACGCCACCUCUUACGCAGACACGGAACUGCCACCUACUAUCUGAGAAGAAACGGGUUUGUUCCCCAGUCUAAAGAAAGUGAUGCUGGAGCUCAUGAUAGCACAGAUAGUCAAUCAGAUUUGGAUAAUACAAGUGGAGGGAGCGAAGCUCUUGACUUGACCUCUGGAGAGCAAGAUCACCCAGAACAGGCAACUGAAUUUCCAGAAGCAUCAACGAACAGUCACAAAGAAGAAGAGAAAAUGGACUUCUCCCAAGGAGAAGAUGGGAAGGAAGAAGAAGAGAGACAGGAAGAGGCACAAGAGAAAAGUGAGGGUGAAGAGGAGCCCGAAGAAGACUCUGUCAGCAACAGAAGUCUGGACCUCAAUUUUGCCAGCAAGCUAAUGGACUUUAAGCUGGCUGAAAGUGACCAGAGCACGGCUAGCGGUGCUCAGACUGAACACAAGCACACUUGCGAUAUUUGUGGGAAAUGCUUCAAGUUUGCAGGCACUCUUACCCGACACAAAAAAGCUCAUGCACACGACGAUGGGAAGGAUGAAAAGAGCAAUGAGGAUGGGAGCAAAGGUUUUCUGGGGACAGCCCAAGUUUCCAUUGCUCAGAAGGAUCCUGCUCUUGAGCAAGAAGAAUCAGGAAUGGACACCAAGAUAGUAGAAGCCACCACAGAUGGUGAGGCAACAGGAAGGGAGAACGAGGAGAGCGAAAGCAUCUCUGAGGGUGAAAGCCUGGAGAGGAAAUCUUCUGAGAAGAGUGACGAUGAAAGAAAGCCAAAGGCUAAUGGUGGGGCUAAAGGUGAAUCAAAGGCAGACAAGAGGAAGAAAAUUUGUACGGUGUGCAACAAGAGAUUUUGGUCUCUGCAAGACUUGACACGGCACAUGAGGUCCCAUACAGGGGAGCGACCUUACAAAUGUCAAACCUGCGAACGGACCUUUACUCUGAAGCAUAGCUUGGUUCGCCAUCAGCGGAUCCAUCAGAAGAUAAAGAGUGGAAAGAAUCACGAGAAGGAGAGUGACAAGGAGGAUGUUCGCUCCAGGGAGGAGGAGGAGGAUAGCGAAAGUGAGUCUCUCCACAGCAGCACCAACCCCAUCUCAGAAACCGAAUGUGACUUGCUGGUGAAACAGGAAAGCUCAUCGCCGGUCACUCGGAGCCGCAAAGAGAACCUGGCCAACGCUGCAAAGGAUCCUACUAGCAAGGAGGAUAGGCCAGCCCUGCGAGCAGCUGGCCCGUGUCCUGCAGAGUCCAACAAGAACACCCAGAAGCAAGCGGCAAAAGAGCAGGAGUCUCCUCGGGGAAAGGGGGAUCUCGAGAGCCCCUCGGGCUUCAUCCAGGACUUGCUGGAGAUUCACAACAAAAAACCUUCCAUGAGUCAUAUUCUUGCCUCAGCAGAGAGUGCGCCUCAGCUCUUGGGAGUUGAAUGACAGCUAUGAUGCCUGGCGUGCCCCAGAAAACUGAUCCAGCAUACACACACACGGGGAUGGAGUUGACCACACAACCUCCCCCCCCCAGAUGUUGAGUCAUCCUGCUGUUUUGAUGGGGGAGGGAGUGGGAAAUGGGGUAUGGCAGUCUGAAAUCAGUGCCAUAAAUCUUUCAGUAUAAAUAAUGCAAGAGACUACAGUUAUAUACUGAUUUGAGUGCCUUACUACUUUAUUAGGUCUUUUGGUAUCAUAGAUUUUUUUAAGACAAAAAGAUGAUUUUUUAAAAAUAUAUUUUAAUGAAACUAUUUGGAGAGGACCUUCAAUUUUUUUCCAUUUAAGCAUUAAUGUUACUUUUUGUAUUGGGGUGUGUGAGCUUGUUCUUGUAUAUCUGUGAUAGCCGCUUUUGUGUGUGCUCUGAGCUGGAAACAAGGGGUCAGUGGGGCGAGGAAGCCCUUAGAAACUGUAGCCAAUAACUGGAAGAAGACUUUAAAGACACCCCCAAUAGAGGAACUGCAAAUAAGGUGUUGAUUUUGUUUUUCCUUUUCUUUUGUCUUUCUUGUUAAACAUUGUUUGUAUUUGCCACAUGGGGAAGAAUUAAUCAGUCCCGGGUAUGUUGAUUAAGGCUUUCAAACUUGGUCCAAGCCAAAACCAGGAAAAAUGUAAAGUUAAGCCUCAUUUGCUUCCCCUUUCUUUUUCUUUCGUUCUUUCUUUUCUCCCUGCAUUGGCAAUGAUGAUGUUCUAGCUACUGUCGUUUUGAAAAAAAUGCUCUUUCUGGCCAUUGUGGACUUUGAGAGCAUACAGAAAGAGUUGCAUAGCGACUUUAAAACCUAUGGAAAUUAUGCACCCACUGUUAAAUAUAUAUAUGUUUGAUUUGUGCUUCUAUAUAUUAUUGUUAUUUUAAUAUUUUAUAAUUUUUUGUCAGUUUUGCUAGUCUCUGCGUUCAGCAGAAAACCAAUGGGCAAUAUUUGCCUACGGAGAUCUACAACGCAGCUUGGAUGGCCUGCUUAAAUGCUUCUGAUCUAAUCUCUCUCUGACUCUCCCCUACUGGGUUUGCAACUCUUUCUACUGUAUUUUAUAUAGAACCCUCUUCCUCUGACAACAGCAUCAAACGGAGGCCAAGUACAACCUAGAUCAGUGGUUCCCAACCUUUGAGCCUCCAGGUGUUUUGGAUUUCAGCUCCCACAGUUUUUAACAACUUGAAGUCCAAAGCACCUGGAGGCCCAAAAGUUGGGAACUACUGACCUAGAUGGAUUGAAUAUGUGUUGCAAUGGGUGGGGUGGGAGGGAGAGAAAUCUCAGCACCAAGCCCCACCUGUACUUUACAUGUGUACAAACCAUACAUAGGUAGGCAUGUUUGAGCAAUCGGGGCACCUGCAAAAGACGAGGACUUUGCAUGAGUAGAUCCAUGUAUGUCUUGUUUGUAUACAUGUACAGCUCAAGUAUGAGUUAAGUCUUGGUGCAAUGAUUUCUCUUUCCGCCUCCAUCCCUCUUUCAAAUUCAGUUUAUCUAGAUAGGUAUCAUUAUCAGAGCCUCUGUAGAUAUUGGAAAUGCAGAUGGCAGUUCAAUGUGACUUCAAAAGAAGACUUGGCUAGCUGGCAUGAAGAGGAAUGUUAGGGGAAAGGGAGCCCUCCCGGCUGCAAGCAGAAAGCACUGCAAAUCCCAUGAGGUUGAUAUUGUUCAAAACCACAACUGUUUUUUGUUUUUUUUUACAUUGAUGAAUAAGAUGUUCAGUCUUCCAAAAUAAAAUGGGGGGGAAGCCUUAAAUGAUCCUGCUACCUUAACGUGCUUUAAAAGAAGAAAAUAAAUCAGAACUACUGCCAAUACAACUUACAGAUUGAGAAAACACAACUUCCUUCCCAAUCUUUCAGGAGGUUUUCCUAAAUCCUUAACAAUUUGGGGGAUCGGGAUUAGUCUGCGUAUCCUGUUGCCGGCAACAGGAGGCAUUAUAAAAAGUUAACUUUAGGACUGUAAUGCACAGGCGAGUUAAGCUGGUGUGCUAGGAUUCAAGAUCCAUUUCCACCCUGAAGUAUAGCCCAUUAAUUUUGAGGGAGAGAAAGAAAAAUAGUAAGAGCUGCCUUUGGCAUGCAUUAAUUUUAAAUAUGGCUGUUUGCUACCUUCUUGCAACAAUGCAAGAGCAAAUUGGAAGAUUCAAAUCUUGAUCAUGUUCCUGCUUUAUUGUAUGGCUCUGGUCUGCUAUGCAGAUCGUACAACCAUGUUUCACAAGAAUAAUUAGACCUCUAAUAUUUGAUCUGUCUGGCAUGACGUACAUUUGUAUCUUUGGGUGAUUUUUCUGAUUGUAUACCCCGAUCUUCAGGAUGGAAGGGGAAGUAACACUGGAAUCAUCCCUCAGUUUCUUGUUUGUGAGCCCUCUAAAAGAAUGGAGCAUUUGGCAGUACAACUGCAUGUGUGGACUUAGCCUUUUUGUAAGAAACAAGCCAUACACCAGUAGUUCUCAACCUGUAGGUCCCCAGGUGUUUUGGCCUUCAACUUCCAGAAAUCCCAGCCAGUUUACCAGCUGUUAGGAUUUUUGGGAGUUGAAGACCACAACAUCUGGGGACCUACAGGUUGGGAACCACUGCCAUACACCCAUGGGACAUCACUGGAUCACAGCUGUACUUUUAUCAUCAGCCUCAAGAUAUAUUAGAUCCAUGUUUGUAUUCACAUUAAUUUAAAAGUUCAGAAAAGUUGAUUUCUUGGAUCAUAACAUUCUGAAACUUGUAGCCCAAAAACCCAACUUUUCCAAAAUCUGGAUACUUGCAGAUUAGGUAUAGGUGUUCCAAUGAAAUAGAUGUAUUUGGCAUCAUAUAGGUCAGUGGUUCUCACCCUAGGGUCCCCAGAUGUUAUUGGCCUACAACUCCCAGAAAUCCCAGCCACUUUACCAGCUGUUUGGAUUUCUGGGAGUUGAAGGCCAAAAACAUCUGAGAACCCCAAGUUGAGAACCACUGGUAUAGAUUGAUGUACAUCUUUCCUUCUAGAGCAAAGGAAGGCAGUGUAUUUCUGGAGCCUCUCUGUGGUGGUCCUCACUUUGAGCCCUUUCUGUUCACACUGUUAGAUACUCACCCACCACUGUCUCUAUACCUCAAAUGAUGCUCUUGGACAAGAACCUUUGAAAAUAAAAUGGGACUUGUGCAGGUAUAUUAUGCUUGGAUGCACCUUCUAAAUUGGAAGAAGGGAAUACCAUGCCAGUCUACUUGAUAUCCACUAUUUCCUGGAGGGUUCAGUCGGAUGAGGGGCUGGGAGAUGAUUUUGAAGCAAUAAUAUUUCAUAUAGAAUUUUUUAAAAAGAGGGGAGAGAGAAGUUUGUUAGAUAUAGAUUUGAUUUCUGUUGAGGGUAUGUUGAAAAUUUCUGAAACCAUUCCUUCAGUUUAGUAAAAACAGAUACCAAUGAUUCCUCUUUUAUAUUAAAAUAAAGAUCCUGUUAAAUGAACAUGUUCAUCAAUGCCAACUUAUGCACCCCUUAAUUUUUAUUGUUAUUAUAUUAUAAUUAUUAUAAUUAUUAUUAUUAUUUGGGGAUUUUAUUUUUUUGGGCAGCUCUCCACACUAAACUGCGCAAUACUGUGGGAGAGAAGCCAUUAACUAAACCAGGACUGUCAAACCCGUGUUCUCUUCCAGACUGGGUGGGUGAGUCCCGCCACGAAGGUGCUUCAUAGUCUUUCUUAGCAAGCUUGAAACAUGACUUCUGUCUGGGGGAGAAGAGGGUGCAAAUUUGACAGACCUGAACUAAACUUUAUGCUGCAGAAAUAAUGUAGCAAAUAAUUUCCCAGCACCCUGCCGGGACAUCUGCUAGCAAUAAUCACUAUUGAUUUAAAGCUUUAUUUAGCCUUUAUCUGUAUCCAAGUAGAUUAUUAAAUCUUGCCACAUUUUACUGAUGUUUUUAUUAGUUGCAUUUGAUGGAGGAAGAAAAAAAAAAACCCUGUCCUUAUUUUCUUGUUCUGUUUUCCUCUUGUUGACCUGCUCCCAUCUCCUCACAUCCACCUCACCCUCCCCGCCCUUUAAUAUUAAACUGUGAAAUGUAUAAUGUGUUUAAACUAUGGGUGAAUCUUAGGUUUAGUUUUGCAUGUUCAGUUAAUUCGUUUUCUCUACAUCUUUUUGAAACCCCCCCCCCCCCCAUUUUUUUCCUCUUCUCUCAGGGCUUUAAAACAACAACCUAUUUUUUUUCUGAAAUUUACUUGUCAAAAUUUUCAAUUGAGCUAAUGGUGAGAAUCCAAUCACUACAAUAAGCACUUGACUGUGAAAGCAUAGAAAGAAAGAAGGAAAAAGGAAAGGAAACCAGGUUAAAAUGUUUUAGCUAUAAUGAUGCAGCUGAACCGGAACAAGCUCUGUUGAUGGAUGAAUUCCCAUUUCCAAAUGAUGUAUGUUUUCCCUCACCUCCUCACACUGAUCACAAUUUCUUCCAUUACCCUAUAAUAGGGGCAGGAGUACCUCCAUAUCUUAUGAUGAGCCUGUGUUAUGUUGUCUCCUGAAUUGCUUGGAUCAUGGAACUGUGGUGUAAAAUUAACAGUGGUAGAGCUUACAAUGCAUUAGGUCUUUUAGCCCAGAAUAGAACAACCUGUAGCUGUCUCAAUAUUUUUGGAUUCCCAUGAUCAGUCCUCCGCCAUUGGCUAUGCUGGCUAGGGCUGUAGGAAGUUAUGGUCUGGCAGUAUCUGGCUAUAGCUACUCCUGUUUCAAAGAAAAUAAUGGGAGCAAACAUCCCUGAGAAAGCAAUUAGGAAAAGAUACUUAUGCGAUGUAAAGAAUACUUGCUUCCAUUUCUUUCAGCCCUAGCUAAUACCGCCAAUGUUUCGAGGAGCCAAAGUCUCAAUCACAGGUUCUUUCCUCGCAACCUUCCUGGGCCGGUAGGACAUGUUUUUUGUUAGAGGAGUUGGAGUACGAGGAGAGCGGCUGCCUUUUCACCCCUCUCCCUUUCUCCACUCAAGAAGGAAGUUUGAAAUCCCACGAAUUUCAGUCUUUGCAAGGAUAUGUUGAUUAAGGUGUAGAAUUCCUAUUAAAUAUAUAUAUAUAAUUUCUUUUUGAAAGGGAACGUUUAAAAACUGCUGCUACGAGUUGUGUACAAGACUGGUUUAUGCCACAUGAACAGAGAAUCACGUGUUUUGUUUGGGUACUUCUAUUCCUCUUUUCAUUCAGUUGUACGUUACUUCCAAAUUCAAAGUGAUAAAUGCUGUUCUGUAUCAAACAAUCUACGCAAUAAAAUGUUAUAUUAAAAACAA